AUGGACCUAAGUAUAAAUAGUCUUUUUGGCCACAUUCCUUCUCAAAUUAGUCUCCUGAGCAAUCUCACCUAUCUUGACCUCUCUGUUAAUCGGUUCUCGGGGAAAAUACCACCGGAGAUUGGCUGUCUAAGGAAAUUGGAGGUCUUGCACCUGGUGUCCAAUGAGUUAAAUGGCUCAAUUCCCCAAGAAAUCGGGCAAUUGCAUUUGCUUAGUGAAGUUGCGCUAUAUUCGAACAAGUUGAAUGGACCCAUACCUUCUUCAUUAGGCAAUUUGAGCAAAUUAGCUGUCUUGUAUCUCUACAACAACUCCUUUUCUGGUUCUAUUCCUGCUGAAAUAGGAAAUAUGACAAAUUUGGAAUUGCUCCACAUGAAUUCCAACAACUUGACAGGAUCAAUCCCUUCUACUUUGGGGAACUUAACCAAAUUAAGAGAGUCAUGA